UACUCGCUUUGAAUUGCUGUCGUAGAUGUCGCGCCAUGAGUUGGCUAGCUCGGUGCGGUCUUGUCGCCGGAGUGCAAGAAUCGGGGAGGGGACCUUCUUCGUCUUCUUGGACUUCCGGCGGGGCUGGUUGCCUGGAUGCCAUUUUCUUGGAUAGUUUUUAGUUGGCUUCUUGCAGGAUUUUCUCCCGGAAUUGUUGCCGCCGUCUUGACGGUUUCUUGGUCGGGAGCAGGUUUUCUUUGCCGGCGGCAUGGACUGGGCAGCGGCUUCCGGUUCCGGGGCGCCGUCGUGGGGCUCGGCGGCGGCGGACCCCGGCCCGACCAUGCUGUCCUUCGCCGGGCCGUCGUCGUCCUCCUCCUCAUCCGCCGCCGCCGCCGAGGCGCGGCUUCAUGAUUUUGCCGCCGGCCUCGCCCAGCGCGCGCGGCCGGCGGGGGCGGCGGGAGCAGGGAGGAGGUCCCGCUCGGCCGGCGGCGGCACGGAGGCCUGCUCCGUCGACGGCUGCCGGUCCGACCUCAGCCGGUGCCGCGAGUACCACCGGCGGCACAGGGUCUGCGAGGCGCACUCCAAGACGCCGGUGGUGGUCGUCGGCGGCCAGGAGCAGCGCUUCUGCCAGCAAUGCAGCCGGUUUCACAUGCUGUCGGAGUUUGAUGAGGGGAAAAGAAGUUGCCGGAAACGUUUAGAUGGCCAUAAUAGGCGUCGAAGAAAGCCACAGCAUGACCUGGCAAAUCUUGGAGGUUUCUUUCCAUACCAUCAAGUUAAUCAAUUUGAAAUAUAUCCACGAACAAUUCCGACAGCCCUCCAGGAUUCUGACGACAUGAGCUUGGUCGAUCCUCAGCCACCCUUCUCCAUAUCAUUCUCAAGAACACCAAAGCAGUUCCCUUUCCCACAUGAUGGUGGCAGCUUGCUCAGCGCAUCCCGCCACGGUCAUUUUUUGGUUCAGGAUGGCAACCACACUGGAAGCAGUGCAUGCAGCCACGAUCUCUCUGGCACGCUGGGCCCCGAGUGUGCUCUCUCUCUUCUGUCAUCGUCGUUGCAUCAUCCCUCCCCGUCCGGCCACGCUCAGGUCGCCUCUGCACUGUCUCACAUCGCUUCCACGUCGCAGCAGGUUGCAGCGACAGCUGUGACCACUGCGUUCGCAUCCGGUGGCGGCCACCAUGUGUUUGUUCCUGAUGCUGCGCUCGAGGAUCCUUCGCAGGCGCUGCCAUUCCCUUGGCAGUAGUAAAAAUUUCUUGUGUUUUCGUGUUGCUGCUGAGUUCCUAAUUGCUGGCAGUGGUGAUGGCUGGGACUUGGGGAGGUGUUUGUGCCAUAGUCACAAAGUUCCUGGGUCGACCGGGUCGAGGAACAGGAUCGAGGGUCGAGGGUCGUCACUUUAUAAAAUUGUGGUACGAAGGGGGUAUACCUCUAUGGAACGAUAAAUUAUUAUGUGGAACGCGAUUCUGAUUCAUCCGGAUCGA